UACGAUAUCAUAGAUGGGUCGCGGUAUAAGAAAGGUCCAAAACACGAUUGCUAACACUUCCGUUAUCCGCAUGCUUACUAUGCCGCUGUAUUUAGUAAACCCGGUAGCUUAGCAUUCGCUCUCCACCUGGCUCUUCUAUACGGACGUUAUCUCCACCUAAACGGAUAAAAAACACACCAUCAUGGUAGCCGGCGAACUCGUCCAGGAGCACACACGCGCCGAAUCCACCGGCGCACCUGACGACGUCGGAACUAUCACUGGCGGUAAAGCGGCGCACGAGCUGCGCAGCGGACCGCUCGUGCCGGUCGACAAACUGGACCAGUACACGGUCCUCGAAAGCGGGGAUGAAGCGGUGAACCUGCUGAAGGCGCUGAACAGCCGGGCUUCGGAGCAGGAGAUCCCGCCGGAUGAACGAGAGGCAAUGCUGCCAAAAGGAGGAGGAGAAGAGGAAAACGCAAAGGAGGAGAAUAAAUGUCUGGAAACCAAACUGUACUGGCGUCGCUUCGGGGUGCUCGCCAUCUUCAGCCUCUACUCCCUCGUCAACUCGUUCCAAUGGAUCCAGUACAGCAUCAUCACCAACGUGUUUUGCGACUACUACGGCGUAUCCAGCAGCCAGGUGGACUGGCUGUCCAUAGUCUACAUGGUGGCGUACAUCCCGCUGAUAUUCCCCGCUACGUGGCUCCUCGACAAGAAGGGACUCAAGUUAACGGCGCUGAUGGGCGCCGGCCUCAACUGCCUGGGCGCGUGGGUGAAGUGCGCGAGCGUGAGCCGGGAUCUGUUCGGCGUCACCAUGUUCGCGCAGGUCAUCUGCUCGCUGGCCCAGGUGUUCAUCCUUGGCCUGCCCUCGCGCAUUGCCUCGGUGUGGUUUGGGCCUAAAGAGGUGUCCACCGCGUGCGCCACGGCGGUGCUGGGCAACCAGCUGGGGACGGCUAUAGGCUUCCUGCUCCCUCCAGUGCUGGUCCCCAACACCUCGGGGGACUUUGAGCUGAUGGGUCACAACAUCAAGGUCAUGUUCUACGGGACUGCCAUCAUCGCCAGCGUGCUGUUCAUCCUCACCGUCAUAAUCUUCAAGGACCGCCCAGAGAUGCCCCCCAGCUACGCCCAGGCAGUGCUCCCAGACAGCCCCCCCGAGGACUACUCCUACAAGCAGUCCAUCAUCAACCUGUUCCAGAACAAGGCCUUCCUCCUGCUGCUGGUCAGCUACGGCAUCAUGACUGGCUCCUUCUACUCAGUGUCCACCCUGCUCAACCAGAUGAUCAUGGCCUGCUAUGAGUCACAGGAGUUGAAUGCCGGCCGGAUAGGGCUGACCCUGGUGGUGGCCGGCAUGGUAGGCUCCAUCAUCUGUGGACUGUGGCUUGACUACACCAAGACCUACAAGAUGACCACGCUCGCGGUGUACAUCCUCUCCUUCCUGGGCAUGGUGAUCUUCACCUUCACACUGGACCUCAAGAACAUCUACCUCGUAUUCUUCACCGCCGGCGUGCUGGGUUUCUUCAUGACGGGAUACCUGCCACUUGGGUUUGAGUUUGGGGUGGAGAUCACCUACCCAGAGUCUGAAGGCACCUCCUCUGGACUCCUGAACGCCUUCGCCCAGAUCUUUGGGAUCAUCUUCACUCUGAUCCAGGGACAGCUGACCACAGCCUACAACCCCCUGGCGGGAAACCUCUUCCUGUGUGCCUGGAUCUUCCUGGGAAUACUGCUCACUGGUACGUGUGCGCGUGUGCGUGUGUGUGUGUGUGUGUGUGUGUGUGUGUGUGUGUGUGUUUAUGUUUUUCCCUCUCUUGUUUUUCAGCUCUUAUCAAAUCAGAGCUGAAGAGAAACAACGUCAACAUGGAGGCGGAAGGCAAGCAGCCUCUACCCACUGGGUGUCCUGAGGAGGGGUCCACGGCGGAGAUGACAACGGCAACCAAGCUGGAAAACUCCAUCAGCUUCUCCCACGAAACCUCUGUCUGACGCCUGUCCUACCCCUUUAGAGAGACAUACUAGACAUGCUCACAUAGUAGGUGAGAGCACUACUUUGGGUAUGAGAGGUCACUAAGAGAAAGGACACACUCUCUCACAUAGACAGAUGGAAUACACACAUAGUUGACAUGAUUGUAUUUGCUGACUUUUGUACAGUUGUGAGUGUGAGUUUGCUCGCGUUUCAUUUCAAAGAGAUUUGCAGGAAGAAAAAGCUACUGUUAGACCAUUAGAAUCAUAUUUCAACAACAGACUCAGAGUCAGAGUGAGUCAGAGUGCGGUAUAAAAUCAACCAAAAAAAGUAAGGAUUGUUAAAGGUUAGGUAUGGGAUUUGCGAAAAGCCAGCAGAUUUGAAAAUAAACAACUCAAAUGGUCCUACCCCCUCUCCUUCAACGCUGACUCUAACUCCCAUCCACCCAAGUACAUGGACGCCCAAUCAUGCAAGAGCCCGAACAUAGAUGCGCGAGAGCGAGCUAUUAGCUAGUUAGCUAGCUGCAGUAGCUACCGCAGGAUAACAACAAACAGAAGCUUGCUCUGGGUCACGAGCUUUGAGUACGUGCACGAAGGGGUCACGCGCGGGGAGGGGGAGUGCAGUACGACCGUUUGAUUGACGUACUUACUGUCCAAUGCCACUCGGUGGUUCUGGAAAUCAUUGGCUGGAGUUUUUCUAGCCCUGCCCGUUCCACAGAUGAUUGACUUGUUUAAUUUUCAUGUCAGUACUCAUUGGCUGUAAGUGGAUUAUGAUAAGGAUUUCAAGUAAUUUUGCAAAAAUUGCCAAAAAAGAGAAUUCCAUACCCAACCUUUAACAUUUCAACCAAAGCAAGCAUAAUCUGGGAGAUCCAUAGCUGCCAUCAUCCUCUGGAAAAGGGAAAAUCCCCUUCAUCGUGUAACAGGAUGUUAAUGUGAGCCAGAAAGGGCGUUCUUCCUCCAGGGCAAUGCUAUGACCCAUUACCCUGUCAAUACUUGAAACUGGACUCUUGUUAUCUAUGUAGGGGGGAAUGAGUGGAAAAUGGGUUGUGGCAUUGUGGCAUUGUUACGAUAUUUAACAGCAUUGACGCAUGCAUGAAAGUUAAUGACAACUGAGCUCAGUUUCACGAAUAUGAUGGCAGUGAAUUAUUAUUUUAAACUAUUUUAACUACGAUUAUUAUUAAUAUUAUUGUGUUUUUUAGUUUACAUAAUUAGUUGUUAAAUGGAAAGUAAAACCAUAACAGCCUUGAAAGUUGAAGAGAAGCACAGGAAUCUUGAUGGGUGCAUGUCUUUCUCUGAUCACUCGGAAACUAGCGCACUGAACUCAAACAUGGUCUAGUUUCGUUCGUGUUUUCAUAGUGUCUGUUUUCAGUGGUUGCAUUGUUUGUAGGCGGUUUCUGUGGUUGAGCUGGGUCGUCUCAAUGUCCAAACAUUCAUUGAAAAAUAAAUAUAACCACAAUUUU